AAAACCGACUUCUCCCCUCCUUUACCGUGCUGAUCCGGGGUCGGACAUUGGCUCUGGUGGUCAUCUAUCACUCUCUCUGUUGGCUCGGGGAAAAAAAAAGCAAAGAACCUAAUUUAGAGGACAAGAGACCAAAAAUCCUCUAAAAAGCCCUCCACCGCCAAAAUGUCAGAUGAGCAAACCCUCGCUCAGCGGACAGCCUCGAGCUUCGAUAGGCUCGAAAACUUCAACUUUCUUCUCUCUCGACACGAUCCCAACCUGGCCAAGAGUCGACAGUACUCCUUUGACGCAGAAUCGACAGCUUUGGCCUCCUUCCAGAACCUGAAUAUGGAUUACGACCAGACCGAGGGGAUGGGCGGCCUUUCCGUCAGUUCGUAUGACAGCAUUGAGGACGAGCGCAGUCCGAUCGAUGUGCGAGGAUAUCCGCAUUAUGAUCAAAUGCUUUCCUAUCCAGCUCACCCACUCUACCCACCUAUCUCAUAUGGGCCCCCAGAUGAUCUGGCGCAGGUCCCCGGGGCCCUGACUCCAUCUGAUGUCUCCUCGUCCAUAUCACCUCCCAACGGUGCUAUCACAAACACCAAAUACAGCACACAGAUUCCUGGCGACCACCUCGCGUCGGCUCUCAAUCAGGAAGAGGGAGUCCGCCGCGCCGCGGAAGAAGACCGCCGCCGCCGGAACACGGCCGCCAGUGCCCGGUUCCGCAUGAAGAAGAAGCAACGUGAACAGGCGCUGGAACGCACCGUGCGCGAGACGACCGAGAGGAACGCCUCGCUCGAGGCUCGCGUGGCCCAGCUGGAGAUGGAGAACCGAUGGCUGAAAAACCUGCUCACCGAGAAGCACGAAGCCAGCUCGACCCGGCUGGCGCCGCCCCCGACCGACAGCAGCGCCUUGACUUCGAAAACAUCCAGCGUCACCGGCUCUGGACAGAAACAUAUCCAGCCCAAAAAGAAGGGUGUGGGCACCGACAGCUGAGCCCGUGUCAAAUCAAAAGAAAUCGCAUAAAACCUACUUUUUGAUUCUCCACUCACGCGACAUGUUGAGUCCCUUGCGCUUUGAUUAGGUUGAGGAUUCCGAUUGACGCCGUGCUUCUUCGCAUCUGUUUUUAUCUAUUUGUA